AUGGAAACGGAUCAGGUACCACAGCUUGCAAAAUGCCGCAUUCUCGCGGCAACGCUCGAGGAAAACACCCACGAUUGGUUUACCCAAUUGCCUGAGGCCUCGAUAUCGACAUGGGAAACCUUUGUCGACUUAUUCCUCACGCACUUUCAGGCCACGAUGACCUAUAGGCCUCCUUAUACAACUCUGGCCAACAUCAAACAAGAACCGGGUGAGUCUUCACAAGACUAUUUUAAACGGUUUAAUGCGGAAGUAACAAAAGUCGAGAAGGCUCCCGAGUCUUUUCUUGUUUGUAUGUUGAUAACAGGUAUUUUGUCGAGAACUGAUUUCUGGAAGGAGUUACAAGAUCGAAGGUCAGAAUCGCUAGUCGAAUUCUUCGCUAUGGCCGAACCCCAUAAGAGAAUUGAGAAUUCUCUGGAAGAGUUGGAGAAGGGCAAGGAUAAGCGUAAAUCACCAGUACCGCAAUCAAGAUCUUGCAGUCCCCGAGGGAAGAAUUCCAGAGGCCGAAGCCCGAGAAGACGCAGCCCACGGAGACAGCAAAGUCCAAAGUUGGCCAAAUCUCCUCUCAAGAAGGAGUCCUCGCCGAAGAGGAAGGGUGGACCGCGUUUUGAUGAAAUCGAGGAGCUGAUUCGGAGAGGAAAAUUUGACAAGUAUAAGAAGAACGAGGAAGGUCAUCCCCGAGCGGAUGACAAAGAAGAAAAUCAAAACGCGAGUGGUUUGAGAACACCUCAUGAUAUAUUAACAAUCAUUGGAGGGCCCCAUAUCGCAGGAGACUCCCGCAAGUCUCAAGAGCGCUAUGCCAAAGAAGCUAAGGAGAAGCCGCUCACCAAUGUAAACAAUAUCAGUGAGCGGCCAGAGACAUUGUUUCAAAAAGAAUGCGACGACAUCACCUUCAUAGAGAGUGAUGCGAGAUGGGUCCAUCACCCACAUUCCGACGCAUUAGUUAUCAUCGCCAAUAUUGGCAGAGAUAAUGUCCACCGUAUACUCGUGGACAAUGGAAGUUCAGUGAAUCUCUUGAAUUUCCAAGCUUUCAAACAAAUGGGGUUGCAAGAGAAGGACCUGCAACCCGUGACGUCGAGCAUAUAUGGUUUUACCUGCGACAUCAUCGCAUUGAAAGGGAUGAUCAAACUCCCGAUCACCUUGGGAACCGCCCUAGUAACAGCCAAAUCAAUGGCUGAUUUCGCAGUAAUCGACCAGUAUUUGGCAUACAAUGCUGUGAUUGGUGCGACUUAUCAAAGACUUGUAAACAUGAUGUUCGCAGAUCUUAUUGGGAACACCAUGGAAGUAUAUGUUGAUGAUAUGCUCGUAAAAUCUCAGCAUGCAAAGGAUCAUAUCUUCCAUUUACGGGCAAUGUUCGAUAUAUUGCGUCGAUAUAAGAUGCGUUGA